GGCGAUUGGACCGAGUUGCGCGUGCGCAGUGGCCUUUGUUGGUGACGACCCCGCGGAGGGUGCCGAGGUUUGACUGCUGCACAGAAUGGCCCAUUUCUCCAGCGAUGAUGAGGUGAUGCUGCAGGCGAUGCUCCGGCAGCUGUUCCAGAGCGUGAAGGAGAAAAUCACCGGCGCUCCCUCCUUGGAGUGCGCAGAGGAGAUCCUCUUGCGGCUGGAGGAAACUGACGAAAAUUUCCACAACUAUGAAUUUGUAAAAUACCUUAGACAGCACAUAUGUAACACGUUGGGGUCUAUGAUCGAAGAAGAAAUGGAAAAAUGCACAUCUGAUCAUAAUCAGGGUGAGGAAUCUGGCUAUGACACUGUUGUACAGCAUGUCACCAAGAGAACACAAGAGUCUAAGGAGUAUAAGGAAAUGAUGCAUUCUCUGAAGAACAUCAUGAUGGUGGUGGUCGAGGCCAUGAUCAACAAGUUUGAGGAAGAUGAGACCCGGAGUCAGGACAGGCAGCGGCGACUGCAGAAGGAGGAGCGUGGCAGCUACUGCACCGACAAUUGUUCCGACAGCGACUCCUCCUUCAAUCAGAGUUACAAAUUCUGCCAAGGAAAACUACAGCUGAUUUUAGAUCAGUUGGAUCCUGGGCAACCGAAAGAGGUGAGAUACGAAGCUUUACAGACGCUGUGCUCAGCCCCUCCAUCCGAUGUCCUGAACUGUGAAAACUGGACCACCCUCUGUGAAAAACUGACCAUGUCUCUGUCCGACCCAGAUCCUGCGCUCACUGACCGGAUUUUAAAGUUCUAUGCACAGACUUUUACGCUCUCACCAUUACACAUGACCAAGGAAAUUUAUACAAGCUUAGCUAAAUAUCUGGAGUUAUACUUUCUUUCUAGAGAAAAUCACAUUCCUACUCUUGCAAGUGGAGUAGACAUAAGCAGUCCUGAUGUGACCCGCUUACUGAAAAAGGUUCGCCUUCUGAAUGAGUAUCAGAAAGAAGCUCCAUCCUUUUGGAUUCGACACCCAGAGAAGUAUAUGGAGGAAAUUGUGGAGAGCACUUUGUCCCUGUUAUCAGUAAAACAUGAUCAAAGCCAUCUUGUCUCACAGAAGAUUUUGGAUCCCAUCUAUUUUCUCGCAUUAGUUGAUACUAAAGCUGUGUGGUUCAAAAAAUGGAUGCAUGCGUAUUACAGCAGAACUGUGGUACUAAGACUACUUGAAAAGAAAUACAAAUCUCUGAUAGCUACGGCAGUUCAGCAGUGUGUUCAGUACCUGGAACUGUGUGAGACAAUGAGAACUGGUGACAGCUUAGGACAUUCACAGCAUUGUGGAGACAAGCAGAAAAGUUUCUUCUACUCAGGACAAGAGCUGCAGUAUAUUUAUUUCAUUUACUCACUGUGCCUUUUAGGAAGAUUGUUGAUAUAUACACAAGGCAGAAAACUCUUUCCCAUAAAGUUGAAGAAUAGAAAAGAUUCAGUAUCUCUCAAAAAUCUGCUGGUUUUGUUUACUCAACUCAUCUAUUAUUCACCAAGUUGUCCAAAGAUGACAUCAGUUGCAUAUUCAGAGAACUACUCUCCGGCAAGUAUGGUGACUGACGUCCUGCAGAUCCUCUGCGACCAGAAAGAAUGUGCCGUGGAGUGCUUGUACAACAGCACCGUGACAGAGACGCUCCUCCAGCCCAUUCAUAACCUGAUGAAAGGAACCGCGGCUGCUCCAGAUUGCUCUGAAACAGCUUUAAUUCACAUAGCGGAUAUUUUGGCAAGAAUUGCUUCUGUAGAAGAAGGACUUAUGUUGCUUCUUUAUGGAGAAAACAUGAACUCUUCUGAAGAAGAAAGUCCUACAGGUGCUCAUAUAAUAGCCAAGUUUUCAAAGAAACUUCUUGAUGAAGACAUUUCUAUUUUCUCUGGAUCAGAAAUGUUGCCAGUAGUUAAAGGAGCUUUUAUUUCUGUGUGUCGUCAAAUAUAUGCCACAUGCGAAGGCUUACAGGUGCUGCUUCCUUAUGGUUUACAUGAGUCUAUAGCAAAGGCAUGGAAGAAGACAAGCUUGCUGUCGGAAAGGAUCCCCACUCCAGUAGAGGGCUCAGACUCAGUUUCCUCGGUGAGCCAGGAAUCUCCCAACAUUGUGGCUUGGGAAGACAAUUUGCUAGAUGAUUUACUGAACUUUGCUGCCACUCCCAAAGGAUUACUCCUUCUUCAGAGAACAGGUGCCAUCAACGAAUGUGUGACAUUUAUGUUCAACCAGUAUGCAAAAAAACUCCAGAUAAACAGGCAGAAGAAGUUCGGCUAUGAAGUUUUGGUUGUCCAGGUGGCAUCCACAGCAGCAGGGGCCGUAGCUCUGCAAAAUUCAGGCUUCAUUAGUGCGCUUAUAACUGAGCUGUGGUCCAAUCUUGAAUGUGGAAGAGACGAUGUAAGGGUGACCCAUCCUAGAGCUACUCCAGUGGAUCCUAUUGACCGAAGCUGUCAGAAGUCCUUCCUAGCGCUGGUGAAUCUGCUGUCCUACCCCGCUGUGUAUGAGCUAACAGGCAGUCAAGAACUUCCCAAUAAGGCAGAAUAUUCUCUUCGUGAAGUUCCAACAUGUAUUAUUGAUAUAAUCGAUAGGCUUAUCAUUUUGAACUCUGAAGCUAAGAUUCGCUCUUUACUGAAUUAUGAACAAUCACACAUCUUUGGUCUAAGGUUAUUAAGUGUGGUAUGCUGUGAUCUGGAUGCUCUUCUCUUAUUGGAGGCUCAGUAUCAAGUAUCCAACAUGUUACUACAUGCUCAGGAAGAAAAUACCUUUGAGACCUCGGAGAACCACAGGGACUUUAUAAUUGAUGGUUUGUCAGUCGAGAGAAAUCAUGUUCUUGUAAGGAUUAAUCUCAUUGGUGGACCCUUGGAGCGGAUUCUACCUCCAAGGAUGCUUGAGAAGGGGGAUGACCCAUAUCCUUGGCCAAUGUUUUCAUCGUAUCCGUUGCCACACUGCUAUCUGUCAGCAGUUUCAAGAAGUGCUGAUAUGAAGCAAGACAGUGAUAUCGGAAAACUGUUAUCCUGCUUCAAAAUGUCUGAUAAACAAACUGAGUGGAUAGAAAACUGCCGAAGACAGUUCUGUAAAACAAUGAAGUCCAGGCCGGAUGCAGUCAGUGGAGGUGCUUUAGGAGAACUACUUGAAAAAUUUGUUCUACAUCUCACCGAAAACCCAUCUGAAUGCUACUUCCCUUCAGUGGAGUACACAGCUACUGAUGCAGAUGUGAGGAAUGAAAGUCUCUCGUCUGUGCAGCAGCUUGGCAUUGAAGCGGCUGUCAGGUAUGGUAAGUUUCUCAACGUGUUGAAAGAUGGCGCAGAAAAUGAUCUCGCCUUGGUCUUAAAGCACUGUGAGAGAUUCCUGAAACAACAGCAGUCACCAGUAACUUCUUCUCUUCUGCGCCUGCAAGGGAGCUACCCAGGCCAUGACUGGUUUGUGUCUUCGCUGUUCAUCAUAAUGCUGGGGGAUAAAGAGAAGACGUUCCAGUUUCUUCAGCAUUUCUCCAGGCUUCUGACCUCUGCUUUCCUUUGGGUACCAAGGCUGCAUAUUUCUAGGUACCUUUCUGUUGACACCAUCGAAGCUGGCAUCCAUCCCGUAUAUUUCUGCAGCACUCACUACAUUGAAAUGCUACUGAAGGCUGAGGUCCCACUCGUGUUCUCAGCUUUCCACAUGUCUGGUUUUGCUCCAUCACAGAUUUGCCUGCAGUGGAUAACUCAGUGUUUUUGGAAUUACUUAGAUUGGAUUGAAAUAUGCCAUUAUAUUGCUACUUGUGUUGUCCUUGGCCCUGAUUAUCAAGUGUAUGUCUGCAUAGCUGUUCUCAAGCAUCUGCAGCGAGACAUCCUUCAGCAUACCCAGACUCAAGAUCUACAAGUCUUUCUCAAAGAAGAAGCACUCCAUGGGUUUCGAGUGAGCAACUACUUUGAAUACAUGGAGACUCUGGAGCAAAACUACCGUCCAGUGCUGCUGAGAGACAUGCGCAGUCUGAGGGUGCAAAGCACAUAGAUGAUGAGGGCCCCCCAAACUUUAUGUUGUAUUCAUUUUUAAGGGAGACAAGGCAGCGUGAUUGUGUCCUGUCUACAUCGGCAGCAUGUGCUUUGUGUGUCCAUGUGUGUCAGUCAGUGUCGAGGUUUGGUACAGAAUAUAUUCGUGUUGCUCUCGGCUCAGUUUGUGAAAUGAAGUGAGUUCAUUUUUGCAAGUUCCUUGUUCUUUACAUUUGUAGGAGCAGUCCUAGGUUUUAGUUUGUGUUUGACUUAAAAAAGGAUCAAAGACCUUAAUGUAAAACCUAAAAAUCUGAAACUGCUAGAGGAGAACACUUGAUUUGAAAAAGGCAGUGGGUUCUGAAUAAGAAUCCAGGAACUCAGGGAAUGAAAACAAGCAGAGACAAUAGUCCUGCAUACUUGUAAAGUAGAAGAAAAGGAAGGCAGGUACAAAUCGGGAAAAGAGUUGCCAUGACUCACCUGAGAAGGGAGAAUAUCAAGAAUAUAUGCCGAGAUAAAUAAACUACAAAAUAGUAAAAGAACAACAACAACAAAAAAAAAACUCCAGUCAGCAACUGGGCAGGGAAGUGAGACACUUCAGACGGUGAAGCACCCAUCAAAAACGGGUACAUGAAGAAAGGCUCACCGCCUUUAUCCAUAAGGAAAAUGCCCAUCGAAACAACGUUAUCGCACUAAAAUGGCUAUCAUCAAGAACAGGAAUGCUGCUCAGGCUUGAGGGCAGACACUUAUAAAUUGUUAGUGGUAAUUUAUCAUGUAGACUGAUCUAGACAGAAAUUAGUAUGGAGAUCAAAAAAACAAAAGUUCACCUAAGUUGACCUAGCCACACAAUUUAUGUGAUAAAACAAAUAAAUGUAUGUCAGAUUACCAAGGAGAUCCCUGUACAUCUCUAUUCACAAUAGCCAGGUUUGGAAUCAGUCGAGGUAGUCAGUGCAGGCACACAAUAGAAUUUUACUCAGUCAUAAAGAAGAACGAAAUGAAGCAUUUGUAGGAAACUCGGAUUGGAGAUCAUGUUAGCUGAUAAAAGCCAGUCCCCUAAAGGAAGGCAUCACAUGUUCUGUUUCCUGUGUGGAAGCUGCGGGGUGGAGCAUGAAACUAAGAGGCUGAGCAGUGUGAAGGCCUGGGGAGCAUAAGAAAGUAGUGGAGGGGUGAGGAGCCGUGAUGGCUCAGUGAUUACCGGUGCCUGCCUCCAAGCCUGACAACUGGAUUUCAACCCCUCCCACCCACACUGAGAAAGAAUGAAACUGACUCUCAAGAGCUAUGCUCUGACCUCCACAUACUGUAGAUAUGCCUGGAACUGUAAAGUAAAAUAUUUUAAAGUAAGGAAAGAAACUCUUGUGAGACACAUAGAGUCAAAGUACAUUACAUGUGUGCUGGGAAUGUCAUAGUGGCAUUGAAUGAAAUGUCCCAACCUACAUCAUCUCUACUGUGUAGUAAUAGUUCUUCUAGUGAUCUUGGGAAGAAGAGACAAUUUUAUUAAGGAAGGAAGGAAGGAAAGAAAAAGAACAAAGGCCUGAGUAUCAGAAGGAGUCCAUAGAGAUGGGCAAAAGCCUACUUCCUUCAUUUUUGCAGCUGUACAUAUGGAAAAACACAGGCAACAGCACAGUUGCUUAUUUUCCCUAUGGUGGAACAAAGGACGUCUACCAGGACAUUGUCCUCAGACAUAAUUGUCUUUCUAGGAGGUGCUUGUUAGACCAAUGUCUAUUUCUAACUUUCCAUUGGAAAUUUGGGUUCACAUGACUCACUUAGAAGACAGAUUGCCUCCCUCGUGCUGAUAAGCAUUCUGCUGUUAUUUCUUGGCAUUUCUUGGUGAUAGAUUUGAUUUUUACUGAACUUGAAAGCAUUAAGAACAAUAGAUUUCUAAAUUGAAAUGAUUCACACUGCGAUUUAUUUGAACAGAAGUCUCUGUGCCCAUAGAUUUAACAUGUGAGGGGUUUUUUUUUUUAUUAUAGCUUUCCAUUUACUGUUUGAAAGCCAAUACUCAACUAUGUUAUUAAUUUACCAAUUUCAGUUUUUAAAAUAAAUCCUAUAGGUUAUUUUGUAUUCUUUGCUUAUAUAACCAUGCAUUAUAUAACUAAUACUACUUUUUAAAAAAACUUUCUACCCAAAUGAGACAUGCCUAAAUUUAUUUUCAUCUGCAUGUAAGGCAACAGGUGCAAUACAGUUAUCAAUUGAGGGACAGUUAGGUAUUUAAAAUCCGCUUCUUCCCAAGUCAGGUUUUGUACUGUGCAUGCCAGCAAUAGUUUUCCGAUGAUGGUGCUGUUAAAGGGCGUUGUAAAUUGGUGGAUGGUAAAUUGAGCAAGUUAAUUAGACACAUUGCACAUUUGACUUACACUGAAUGAGUGAGGGAAGUAGAUGACCCUAAUGCAUACUUUGUCUGCUGUGUGCGUGUAUGGAGGCAGAGGGCAUGCAGAAGGUUCCAGCUGCCUUGUCUUUCUGAGUGAUGCUCCUAGUUCCAAGAGACUACAGCCUGUCUUCAUGUGAAAGCUAUUGCAUUGCAGAUAGACAUUAUUUGCAUCGUUGUUGAUGGAUGACUUACUGGAAGUUCAGGUAAUAUCUAAAUUAUGAUAGUCACGUUUUGCAAACAGUGACUUCAUCUGGAACAAGGUGGUUUUCAUUUCUCUUUGAUAAAAUAGAAACAGAAUUGGACAAGGUUAUUCAAUCAUGUGAUCCCGGUACCCAAGAAACAAGAAUCAGGCCAUCGAUGCAAGUUUCAGACUAACUACUACUACAUGUUGAAACCCUAACUCAGAAAAAAAGAUAAAGAAAAAUAAGUAAGUAAAAAGUAAUGAGAUUGGGCAAGAUGUCUCAACAGAAAGGUGCUUGAAGUCAAACCUAAAAACCUGAGUUAGAUUUCCAUGACCUUUUCCCAUAGCAGAACAACGCUGACUCUCACAAGUUACCUCCUGCCCUCCACACCUGCCCCACCAGAACAAUGUAAUUAAAAAAUAAAAAAAUUGUCUUUUGGUUAAAAGACAAUUCAAAAUUAAAAAUAUGAAAUGUCUUAAGAAGAUGGCUUACAUUAGUUUCAUAGAAGAAAACAUAAAGUAUUAUUUGUGUGGCUACCCUUGUGAUUCGUGUCUCUAUUUUAAGACUAAUAGCCUUAAAGAAUACUGCCCUGCCUCAACUGUGUAAUUAAGUAUGAGCUCUUGAGACAGACAGACUUUGUCUCUUAUUUGUGAAGAACCAAUUCAUAUAUUUUGCAGAAUUUAAAUAUAAAUAAAUUUAUGAUACAAAU